GGGAUAAUCGCCGACCUGCCGACCAUCACACCCGUUCCUACGUCAUGUAUCAAUGAAUUGUCUUUUUGAUUCCUUGGUUUUCAUAUCAACUCCGGAUAUUCCAACCGCAAUGGGCUGCAUUGAAUCGAGAUUGUUUCUCAAACGCCCCCGACAAACACAGUUUCUCACCGCGUUCUGGUGACACAGCCAUGCGGCCGGUUUAAGGCUGACAGAGGGGCACAAGAAACAAUUCUUGGACGACUCGUCGAGAUGACAGGCAGUUCCCCGCUCAGUGCGACACUACCAUGCCCGGAGAAUUUCCUGGUGUGACUUGUUGUGCAGGCCUGCAAUGUUUCCUGCUACCGAGCUCGCGCAGCCAGCCCAACGCGAUCUCUGAUCAGCAUCAUAACCCGAAUUAUUCGUGGAGCUUGACGAUUGCUUCGAUAGUCGUCUCAGUCGAAUAUUGUCUCGAAGGCAAUGCUGUUCUAACGGCGCGGAGUGCUCCACGAGCUCUGCAAUUGUCUCAUGGCCUGAUAAAAUCAAGAAAUCUGCAGUGGACCUCACAUCAGGAGACGUGUCUGCCAAGAAUAAAUAUCAACAAUGGUCGCGUUCGGGUCGCCAAUCCACGUGAUUGUCGCCUUCGAGCACUGUCUUGAGCAAAGUGUCCAUGCCUGCGUCUUCUCCACAGGAUCAAUGGAAAAAGGCCGAUGUAAGCCAGCGGUUAGGAGUUGUAGACCUGAGGGAAGUCGUCCAGACUCUUGGGUGGCAGCUGCUGACGUUGAGCCAUAUCGUGGCGUUCUGUGCAGCGUUACAGCCUUGCCGUGGCUUGCAACGUUUUCCACAAAUAUCCUCGAGAACCUUCAGGCCCAUGGACAUUGCAGUUUACACGUGUGUGCACCUCGAUAUUUGGUUACAGAGUUUGCACAUUCUUCGCCACCAGCGUCAUAUAUUCGAGAAGAGUGUCGUGUGCUAUAUAUCAGGAUGCCUAAUUGGUAACCCCCAGAAAGAGUUAGAGUUACAUAUUUGAAGAACGCAUGAUCGCGAGGCUAGCACGAUCAUCCCGCAUAGUGCACGAUCAACGCAGUCAAUCUGCAAAUUGCCAACCAGAGCGAGGGUCGAGGAAUGCUUAUGCCAAUUUCCGGAUGAACUGAAUUCUAUCCUGGCAGAAUCGACUAUUCAGAGCAGCU